GGAAGUAGCUGUCAGAUCUAUGUGGCUGCUGGAUGAAGGAGAGCUGUGAGAGGAGAGGAGGCUGCUAAGUGUUUAUAAAAACAGUUUUAGAUGAGCAGCCAUGAAGACUGUGUUUGUAACUGUCGGCACCACCAGCUUCGAUGAGCUCAUUGAAAGCAUCACCUGUCCAGAGACCGUCCAGGCUUUAACGGCUCGUGGAUAUGAGCGUUUGGUUCUUCAGGUUGGAAGAGGAUCUCUUCUUCCAGCUGCUGACAGCUGUCCACACGUCAGACUGGAGGCGUAUCGAUUCAAAGACUCUAUAGCAGAAGACAUGAAGCAGGCUGACCUCGUAAUCAGCCACGCAGGCGCAGGAAGUUGUUUGGAGGCACUCGGAGCAGGAAAGCCUCUGCUGGUCGUCGUUAACGACAAGCUGAUGAACAACCACCAGCUGGAGAUGGCCAGACAGCUGCACAUGGACUCCCACUUGUUGUACUGCACAUGCAGCACCCUGACAGAAACACUGAAGACGAUGGAUCUCUCUGUUCUUCAGCCCUUCUUGCCCGGACAGCCCAAGAAUUUUGCGAAUUUCCUCGACAAAGCCCUCGGCGUUCAGUGAAACUUUAAUUUCACUGCUUGUUUUCUCAUACAUUGAAGUUUGAUGAUUUGUAGAAUAUCAUGUUGUAGUAGAUUAUGAUGCUUGGUUCUUACAUUGUGAUUGUACAGCACACAACUGACACUAUUUUUAUAUACAAUAAUAAUAAUAUAUGUCUCAUUUCAAAUCAUUA